CCCCAAGGGUACCUCCAUUACAAAGCCAGCUCACCUCCCACUCUGUUUUACACUCAUCAUCAGUCAUCACUACACGGCUCCCACUUCCCUCACUCCCACGCAGACACAUCCCACACGCUAGGCACAAUGCGCCACCUCCGCCUCGCCGCCGCGCUCCUCCUCGUCGUCCUCUUCCCCCUCGCCGUCUCCGCCGCCGACGGCAAGGCGGCGGCGGCGCCGGCGAAGGCGAAGGCGCCCGCGGCGCCCCCGCCAGCCCCGCCGAACAUCACGGCGUCGAUGGCGAAGGGCGGCUGCAAGGCGUUCGCGGCGCUGGUGGCGGCCUCGCCCGACGCGCUGUCCACGUUCCAGUCGGCCGCCGACGGCGGCGUGACGGCGUUCUGCCCCACCGACGACGCCAUGAGGGCGUUCAUGCCCACGUACAAGAACCUCACCGCCGACGGCAAGGCGUCGCUGCUGCUCUUCCACGCCGUCCCGGUCUACUACUCGCUGCGGAGCCUCAAGUCCAACAACGGCGUCAUGAACACCCUCGCCACCGACGGCUCCGCCAAGAACUUCAACUUCACGGUGCAGAACGAGGGCGACAAGGUGACCAUCAAGACGGACGCCUCCGACGGCGUCGCGCGGAUCAAGGACACGGUGUACGACAAGGACCCCAUCGCCAUCUACGCGGUGGACACGGUGCUCGAGCCGGUGGAGCUCUUCGAGCCCGCCGAGUCCCCGGCGCCGGCGCCCGCCCCGGUCGCCGACGCGCCCAAGGCCUCCAAGUCCAAGAAGGCGUCCCACCGGCACGUGGCGGACGCGCCCGGGCCGGCCGGCGACGACGCGCCGCCCGCCGACCAGAGGAAGAGCUCCAAGAAGAACGACGCCGCCGCCGGCGCCUCGUGCCUGCGGUGGCUCGCCGCCCUGCCCGUCGCCGUCGCCGUGGCCGCCGCCUUGGCUUAGCGGCGCUCACAUUUCGAGGUGGAUCUGCAGGAGAGGGUGGCGGCGGCGCGCGGAGUGUCGGUGGGCGGUGUCAGUGCGUGUUCUAGUGGCGUGUGCGUGUGAGACUUGUGUUUUUUUUUCUUGGAUGGAAACUGCAUAAAAAUUUGUUUGUUUUUCUUCUUUGUUCUUUCUUACUGCUCCAUUGAUGUUGUUAGCAUGAAAAAGAAAAAUCAAAUAUUGAUGUGGCAUGGAUAUUCGAACAGUUUGAUCAGAAUUUGGGAAACUCAAAUAUCCCAAAUGUUCAUGUACA